UGCCUCCUGGACCCAGGAUUGGGGCACAACCACCAGGGUCCCCUUCCCCCUUCCCAGCCUCCCUUCUAGGCUCCUUUAAGAUCGGACUGGUCUUCUCCUCUUGGAGUUAACCCCUUGCAGUCCAGGUGGCCCCCUAGUCUCCGGCCCCGGUGGGCGGAGGCAGGGGCGGAGUAAGGGUGGCCAAAGUCUGGGAGGGAGAGAAGGAGGCAGCAGAGCCAGAGCAAAGCCGGGAGGGCGGCUGCGGAGGAGCAGAGCCAGCUGAGGGGCUCCUGCUGUGCCAGGCCAGCAGUGCCAAAUCCAAGGAGCCCAGAGCUGGGGGGAGGGCCGGGAACAGCCCGGCCCUGCCCCCAUCCCCCGGGAGGUGCCCAGCAACUUCCAAGGAAAGUUUGGCAUCCGUUGCAUGGUGGUGUCCUGAGGAUGGGCAGGGGCCCGCUGACUUGGUGUUUAGUGCUGUGCUGCUGGGGGUGUGUGGCCCCCAAGGGCACAAAGGCUGAAGCUGAGGACCCAUUUGUGUCAAGUCCAGGGAACAUCACCGGUGCCCGGGGGAUAACGGGGGCCCUUCAGUGUGAGGUCCAAGUUAAAGGGGAACCCCCGGAAGUGAUCUGGCUUCAGGAUGGACAGAUCCUAGAACUGGUGGAGAGCACCCAGAUUCAGGUGCCCCUGGAUGAAGACGGGCAGGGUGACUGGAAGGUGAUCAGCCAACUCAGAAUCCCAUCCCUGAAGCUUUCAGACUCAGGACAGUACCAGUGUGCAGUGGUCCUGAGAGGACAGACCUUUUUGUCUCAGCCUGGCUAUGUAGGGCUGGAAGGACUGCCUUACUUCCUGGAGGAGCCUGAAGACAGGACUGUGACUGCCAAUACCCCCUUCAACCUGAGCUGCCAGGCCCAGGGACCUCCAGAACCUGUGAACCUGCUCUGGCUCCAGGAUGCUGUCCCUCUGACCCCAGUCACAGGCCGCAGUCUCCAGCACAGCCUACAUGUUCCAGGCCUGAACAAGACAUCUUCCUUCUCCUGUGAAGCCCAUAAUGCCAAGGGAGUCACCACAUCCCGCACAGCCACCAUCACAGUGCUCCCUCAACGACCAAGUGAUCUCCACCUGGUUUCCUGCCAGCCCACGGAACUAGAGGUGGCUUGGACCCCAGGCCUGAGUGGCAUAUAUCCCCUCACCCAUUGUACUCUGCAGGCUGUGCUGUCUGAUGAUGGGGUGGGUGACCAGCUGGGAGAGCCAGACCCCCCGGAGGAGCCCCUCACCUUCCAAGCAUCUGUGCCCCCCCACCAGCUUCGGCUGAGCAACCUCCAUCCUCACACCCCUUAUCACAUCCGGGUAUCCUGUGCCAGCAGCCAGGGCCCCUCGCCCUGGACUCAUUGGCUUCCAGUAGAAACACUGGAAGGAGUGCCCCUGGGCCCCCCUGAGAACGUUAGCGCCAUGCGGAACGGGAGCCAGGCCCUCGUGCGUUGGCAGGAGCCACGGGUGCCCCUACAGGGCACCCUGUUAGGGUACCGGCUGGCAUAUCGAGGCCAGGACACCCCUGAGGUGCUGAUGGACAUAGGGCUAAAGCGAGAGAUGACCCUAGAACUGCGGGGAAACGGCCCUGUGCCUAACCUGACAGUGUCCGUGGCAGCCUACACUGCUGCCGGGGAUGGGCCCUGGAGCCUCCCCGUUCCCCUGGAGCCCUGGCGCCCAGGGCAAGGACAGCCAGUUCACCACCUGGUGAGUGAGCCCCCAGCUCCUGCUUUCUCUUGGCCCUGGUGGUAUGUACUUCUGGGAGCAGUUGUGGCCGCUGCCUGUGUCCUCAUCUUGGCCCUGUUUCUUGUCCAUCGGAGGAAGAAGGAGACCCGCUAUGGAGAGGUAUUUGAGCCAACAGUGGAAAGAGGUGAACUGGUAGUCAGGUACCACGUCCGCAAGUCCUACAGUCGUCGGACCAAUGAAGCCACCUCAACACGUGAAUGCCAACCCUGCUCCAUGUCUCCGCCCGCCCUCCUUGCAGUGAACAGCCUGGGCAUCAGUGAAGAACUGAAGGAGAAGCUUCGAGACGUGAUGGUAGACCGGCAUAAAGUGGCCCUGGGAAAGACCCUGGGAGAAGGAGAGUUUGGAGCCGUGAUGGAGGGCCAGCUUAACCAGGAUGACUCCAUCCUAAAGGUGGCUGUGAAGACGAUGAAGAUCGCUAUCUGCACGAGGUCUGAGCUGGAGGAUUUCCUGAGUGAGGCCGUGUGCAUGAAGGAAUUCGACCACCCCAAUGUCAUGAGGCUCAUUGGCGUCUGCUUCCAGGACUCUGAACGAGAGGGCUUCCCCGAACCUGUGGUCAUCUUACCUUUCAUGAAGCAUGGUGACCUACACAGUUUCCUCCUCUAUUCCCGGCUUGGGGACCAGCCAAUGUUCCUGCCCACUCAGAUGCUGGUGAAGUUUAUGACAGACAUCGCCAGCGGCAUGGAGUACCUGAGCACCAAGAGGUUCAUACACCGUGACCUGGCUGCGAGGAACUGCAUGCUGAAUGAGAACAUGUCAGUGUGUGUGGCAGACUUUGGGCUCUCCAAGAAGAUCUACAAUGGGGACUACUACCGUCAGGGCCGCAUUGUCAAGAUGCCAGUCAAGUGGAUCGCCAUUGAGAGCCUGGCUGACCGAGUCUACACUAGCAAGAGUGAUGUGUGGUCCUUCGGGGUGACAAUGUGGGAGAUCGCCACACGAGGCCAAACCCCAUAUCCAGGAGUGGAGAACAGUGAAAUUUAUGACUACCUGCGCCAGGGAAAUCGCCUGAAGCAGCCUGUGGACUGUCUGGAUGGCCUGUAUGCCCUGAUGUCCCGGUGCUGGGAACUGAACCCCCGAGACCGGCCAAGUUUUACAGAACUGCGGGAAGACCUGGAGGACACACUCAAGGCCCUCCCCCCUGCCCAGGAGCCUGACGAAAUUCUCUAUGUCAACAUGGAUGAGGGCGGAGGUCAUCCCGAACUCCUUGGAGCUGCUGGAGGAGCCGAUCCCCAAAACCAACCUGAUCCGAAGGAUUCCUGCAGCUGCCUCACUGCGGCCGAGGUCCAUCCUGCUGGACGCUAUGUCCUUUGCCCUUCUACAGCCCCUGGACCCACUCUGCCUGCUGACAGGGGCUUCCCAGCACCCCCAGGGCAGGAAGAUGGAGCCUGAAACAGUCCUCCACCAGAGACUCCCUCUCAGGACCCAAGCUAGGCACUGCCACUGGGGGAAACCUCAUCCCCUUUCUCACUCCAGGCCUCAUCCCAACUGCAGCCCUACCUUCCUACCCUCCCCACCUCCGUUGCAGAUGCUCCCCCCUUUCUGUGCCAUAACGUCCUCAUCCCUAACAGGGACGGGUUGCACUGCAAUCUCUAAGAGUCCUCCCAGGUCUAACAUUCCAGGAUUCUAGAUUCUAAAGUCUAAGGAUCUAGAUUUGGUUCUAAGGACCUGAAAUUCCAAAGUCUAUAAUCUAAAGUGGCUAAGUGUUCUAGACCUGGAAGUUAAAAGGCCCAUUGUUCUAAGGUCCUGAGAUUCUGUGACUUUAGAUUUUCUGAUUCUAAAACUCUUGAGAAAGCCCCCAGGAUCUGAAGUUCUAAAGCCCUAAGAUUCUAGCUCUAGGAUCUGAGGCUCCAUGGUUCUGGUUUUCUAGAGCCCUGAGUCCUUAGGGUGUAAGAUUCUAGAUUUCACAAUUCUAAAGAUUCUGUCAUUUUAGACAAGGAGUUUUAAAUUCUGUUGUUUUAAAAUCUGAUGUUCUAAGGAUCCUUCAGGCUGGAUCUUCUGGUGGGAAAGAUUAAUCACAGGGCUCCAAAAUUUUACUUUCUCAAGGAUGAAGAUUUGAAUGAGAUCCUGGAAACUGAAGGAUCUGAGAUUCUAGAAUCUGCAACUCAAAAGUUCUAAGAGUCUAAAGUUGGAGGAUCUAAGAGCUAAUGUUCUAAAACUUAAUCUAAGAACCUAGAUUCUCUGUGUCUAAGAGUCUAGAUCAUCAGGUGCCAAGGUUCUAAUGGCCUCUUCUAUGUUUCAGGGCACUGUACAAGGCUAUUGGUCCAAGGUCUGGACCAACAGCAUCUCAUUUAUAAGAUGUUCACGGUUUAGUUGUGACUAACUAGCCACCAAAGUUAAUCAUUUCUAAUGUUGGGCAGCACUAGGUUCUAUGCUGCAUUCUGCUUUGUCAGGAUGACAACUAAAGGCCCAAGAAUACACAAUUCUAAAACCUUAAAUUCUAGACACUGCAGUUUGAGGCUCAAGUGUUCUAAGUCCUUAAGAUUUAAAAUCACAGGUCUAGGACACUAGGCACGAUUCUAAGGUUAGAACCUUACAGUACCCUGUGUGCCCUCCCUUGCUUAGCCAUGUGUGCUUCCUUCUCCCCUCGGGUGGGGCACACCCCCCUCAAGCCUGUGCAGUGCAUUAGAGAUGCCUCCUUUCCCCCCAGGGAACGGACCAUCUCCCUCCUUUUGGGCCAUGCUGCCCCCUUGAGCCAGUCCCUCUUCUGCCAUCUUCAGAGUGUGACUCUGGUGCCUCCAGAGGGGCUCAUAAAACUUUGUC